GUGUUACCUAUCACCAGGUAUCUGAACAGACCCGGAACCCAAUCCACUUUGUACACCUGGUCCAAAAACCAGUUAUAGUGGUGUCGUGGUUCGUUGAACGUGCGACCGAUUUGUACCGCCCUCCUAUCUGCCACUAAAUCAAAACUCAUCAGACUAUCACCUAGUCAUCGUUAUCCUUGUUGACGACCAUUCCCACGCAAUCUGCACGAACUGUCGAGUGCCGGACCGGACUGAGCAGACUGACGGACACGCUCACCGUCACUUCGUGACGCGCCCCGUGCCGUGACGCUCUCCGUGUCGUGACUCUCCCCGCGCGGUCGCGAUGGAGACUGUGACGGCGGUGGAGGACCCACUAAACGCCACCAGUGCUGAGGAUGGCGGCAACUCGAGCGCCUACAUCGACUACGACGCCGAACAGUCGGUCCAGAUCUACUUCUGGGGCGAGCUGGCCACGGCGCUAGUGGUCUACGGGCUGACGUUCGUCAUCGGCUUCAUCGGCAACGUGCUCAUCCUGGUGGCCAUCACGGGCAACCGCAGGAUGAAGUCGGUGACCAACACGUUUCUGGCCAGCCUGGCCACAGCCGACCUGACUCUCAUCUGCCUCUGUAUCCCUGUCAAGAUCGCCAAGCUGUUCUCAUUCACCUGGACGCUGGGCCCGGUGCUGUGUCUGGGCGUCCACUACAUCCAGACGGUGACCGCCAUCUGCUCCGUGCUCACACUGACUGCAAUCAGUCUGGAGAGAUAUUACGUCAUACUGCACCCGAUGAAGGCGCAGUACAUCUGCACCAGAAGCCAGGCCAACCGCACCGUGGUAGCCAUCUGGGUGCUCUCCUUCGUGCUGGCCUGCCCCAUGCUGGUCGCCCAGGUGCACAUCUCCGUCGGUAUGCCGCCCGUCGGCUUCUGGUGCGUGCGUAACGUGGACAUCCCGGCUCUGUGGCGGUUCAACGAGCUCUACCUGCUGGUGGUGCUGCUGCUGGCCCCCACGGCUGUCAUGGCCACCGCCUACACCUGCAUCGUGCUCGAGGUGUGGCGGGUCAUGCAGAAACGCCAGCACAUGACCAACCAGGUGCCCACCAGUAAGAGUUUCGGCGAGGACCACGCUCUUGUUCUGGACGACACGGUGAAGGAGCCGGUGCAGCGCAGCCGCAGCGUCGACGACCAGGCCACUCUGCAGCAGCUCACGCGGAUGAUGGUGGCCGUGGUGGUGUUCUUCCUGCUCUGCUGGGCGCCGCUGCUCAUUUUCAACGCCCUCCAGUCGCUGGACGUGUUUCCCGUGCACGUGCCGGGCCCCGUCAAACACCUGAAGACCGCCUUUGAACUGAUGGCCUACGCUAACAGCUCGGUGAACCCGGUGGUCUACGGCUUCAUGUCUCGCAGUUUCCGGGAGAGUUUCCAGAGAUCACUGUGCGGCCAGAGACAGCCGCACGGCAUGAGACGGGAUGCGUCCAAGAGCUCCAACUUGACGCACCUCACAUCACUGCGACAGCCGGCUGCUGGAGCAAUGGCCUGAGGCGAAACGAAAUGAGACUCUCUGGCCGAGAAGUCACCGAUGAAACUGCAGCUGCUGGGCUGAAAUUCUCUGCGAACAUCAUCAGAGAGACUCGGAAGAGACGGCCGGCACAGGAGCAGGAGCAGUUCGCCAGGAGCAGUCUCGUUCUCCAUCAACUAUCAGUCGCAGCUCACGCGCUAAACGGGACCUGUGCACCACGUGCAGACCCGAGAGCUAUGCUCAGUGACUGGCACCUUUUUAGCGUGACCCGGCGGUCACGGGGUCACAGGGCGUGACCACUUUGAGGUUUGAUGACCUUGUGAUAUGUUGCAUGGUUAUGAACUGGCUGUGGUGUAUCGAGCCCCCCCCCCCCCCUCCAACCCCAUCGCUCGUGCCGGAUUCAGGACGACGGAGGUCGCCUGAGGCUGCAUCGGGUGACUGAAUCCCUCGACUGGCUGUAUAGUUAUGUGUUAGGUUAGGUAUAAACAGACAAGCAGAGUAUUAUUGUUUAGUGUGAUGAUGUGACGGCAGAUGAUGGACAAUGGACAUGGCUACCUCACGCUGCUGCUCCUGCUACUUGGCUGCUGUGGAAGUGGAUGCUACAGCUGCUGUUGCUGCUGCUGCUGUCGGUGGCUGCUGUUGUCGAGGUUUAUGUUCUGCUAUGGCUGCUGCUGCUGCUGCUUUUACUGCUGUGUAUGUGGACGGCGCGAGACAAACAGGUGUUUUGGGGCUGUGAGCGAGUCUGCUCAGCGAGAUUACAGAUGUUUAAUGGAGUGAAAUCACUUCAAUGAAGUAAAAUCGCUUGAGUGAGAGUCGGAUAAAAGUAAAUGGGCAGCCAAUGUGCGCUUGAAGCUUGCAAACAUGUUCCUUUCUGUGUAGUCGUAAGUAAUUAUGGUCACUCAUGGCUCAAACAGAGCAGGCCAGGUGCACGUGUCAUCCAUGUCCGCAUGGCUGGUAAGUUUUCUCCGUGUAGCCGAGGCACGUUUUCUCCGUGUCGAUGACGCCGCACGGUGGGCUCUGACGGGAAUCCACCGGCGCUCCCCGGGGCGGCCACCUCAGUGCCCUGCAGCAGGCACGGCUGUACAGAUGUGGGGAAAUGUGGCCACCGCCGACCGCCGUCUCGAUCGAUGGGAGCCUUCCCAGACAACAGGGCAUAGCCGAUUAAUCACCUGGCCUAUGUAUAGAUGAGAGCGUAGUACUUUUGUUCGUUGUAUAUGCCGCGCUGAUGUGGGAUCUGUCCGAAAGGGAAGCUCAUGAUCUUCUGUCUCUUUAUGGUGUGAAAGUCCGUCUUGUAUACAGUGUCACAGAGCGUGUAGUCGUUAUGUGAGUGCCUGAAAUGUAAUAAGAGUCAUACCGAAUUAUUUUACACGCACCGAAGGAUGUGUGCGUGCUCAUGUUGCCAAGCAGCAAACGUGUAUGCAUGUAUUGUAUCUAAUACUUAGCGGCUAUGUCGCUCUACUAUGAAACAUUUCAAAAAUGUCAUGAGGUAGAUAUUUUCGUGGUGCACAUACAUCUGUGUUUACUUGUCGCUGGUACAAUGCACUGUUCACGGGUGACAUCGGGUGGGUCGGUGAUCGAAUAUCGAUCAAACACACUGUCUCUCUCUCCCUCUUAUUCUUCCCUUUCAUCUCUCUCUCUCUCUCUCUCUCUCUCUCUCUCUCUCUCUCUCUCUCUCUCUCUCUCUCUCUCUCUCUCUCUCUCUCUCUCUCUCUCUCUCUCUCUCUCUCUCUCUCUCUCUCUCUCUCUCUCUCUCUCUCUCCCUCUCCCUCCCUCACACUCUCUCCCCCUCUCUCUCCCUCUCUCUCCCUCUCUCCCGCUCUCACCCCCUCUCUUUCUCACUCUCUCCCGUGCGCGCGUAUGUGUGUGUGUCGUAGCAUCCAUCCCAGUGUCGACAUUCCGAGCCCCGUGAGAACUACUGAGACCAACUAUGGCCCUUGCGCAUCGAAUCCCAUGGCUGGUCUCAGGCUCAGUUCGAAUCCCGUGAAUAUGGCACACAACUGAUUCAGCUUUUAUGUGUCUGAAAUAUGUUAAUCGGUGUAAUAAUUAGGUGUGAUGUACAGUUGCCACGAUUGCAAUAUUCUUCCCCGUAGACAGCUUCAACGCAUUUGCCUCAACAAGAUUGGUGAAUGUCAUAAAUCAGAUUUGCUCGCUAGGUCAGGGGAGAACCUUGUUGCGAGACAAAGAGGCGAGUUUAUUUCGCCUCCUACGAAAUACCAACCAACGCAGUCCUUUUGAAGCUGUCUGUCAAGGAAGAUUAUUGCGAUUCCGUCUGUACAGCGUACGUACAUUGGCGGCUACAGAAGAUAAUUUGUUUUGUUAUUGGUGUCGAUGUAGGUGUCAAACACAUAUCACAUGUGGAAAGAUCCGUGCUCCACGUCUUCAAUGUCGAUGGAAAGAUGUAGUUAAAACUGAGCUGAGGCAGCAUGGCCUCCAACUUGGGGAGACUGCUGGAAGAACGGGACUCGAGCGAGCUGAAAUCAUAAUGUCGCUGCGAUAUACUGACUUCUGUGAAUAGUCUUGCUUUACGUGUUAUGUUAAUUGUUAAACGUCCGUCGUAUGGAAUGUUGGUAUGUUCUGCAUAUGUGAACAAUGAGGUCGAUGUUUCAUCGACUACGAACUCCAUGGCUAGUGGCUACCUUAUUGCCGUCCGUGAUGUUCACCCUCCGCCCGAACCAGUUAUUUCAUUAUCAAAUCAAAUUACAAAACUCAUCUCGAACUACAAAGUUCUUGCCAGAACGGUAACGACUACGAUGCGUGAUGUGCUGAAUAGAAGUUCGUACUACGCGACAGAUAUUUCACCAGUCAAUGAUUAAAAAUCUACACACUCACCAGCAUUCACACUCCGUCACAUCGCAAUUUCGAAUACCCGAUCCUGUUCCCCCCCCCCCUUCAAUCGUCAUGUUAUCACACAGGUAACCGCCACCGCUGUGCGCCCAUGUAACACCGGGUUCCGUGUCAUGAACCCGUAUAUCCAUGUCACAAAAUGUCCAUCGCCGUGAGACGGUUCGUUGCGCGUUGUUCGCGCCGCGGUUGGUGUCUCCAUGUAGCGCUAUGUGUUGCCACAAUGUGGCAGUGUACCCCACCCUCCGCCCACCCUUUCUCCUCCCCAGCCGGUCCCGAUCGGUCGCUCCAUGCGCGCUGCUCUGUGUUCCCUGUGCUCCACGUGCUCGGUGCGUGUUCGAUGAAUGUCCGAUGAGUGUUCGAUGAGUGUUCGACGCUUGUCUCGGCAUCUGUGUCGACGGCACCUCCGUUGACCAUUCGACGCUUUUCUGUGACCCAUGUGUGCUUGGCUCUGCGUUCUGUGUCCGCGAGCUGUCGGCAACGUGCCCGGGCGUGUGACGAGCCGGCGCUGAACCUGUCGCCGUCACCUCGCCGGCGCGUCCGAGGCAAGCCGUCAGUCGGCGCCGCUGCCGGUGCGGCAUCCCCGUCUCGCUGUUCCCUCUCCGGAACCCGCUCCAUGUUCCAUGGAUACCCUCGGGCCAUGUGUCGCUCGAUGUGGCAGGCUAACAUGGCGGUGGCAGAGUUUGCCACGCUCACAGCAGUGCUCGGAAGGCGAAUACACGUAUUUCUGUUGUG